UUUUUACAAUUGAACCCCAAGCUACGCUUCGAUGUCCGGACAAGGGGAGCUACUGAAUGUCGUCAACUAAUAUGUCCUCGAUGCCCUCAGGAGACCAGAAAUCGAAGAAAAAGAAAAAGUCCAAGAAGAAAGGUACAGGGACUAACAACGCGCCGACCCCAACGCCCGCGACGCCAGCAGAUACAGACACGCAAGAGGUCACCGAAUCUCCUAUAGACGCAAAAGAAGUACCAGAGGAAGACGAUGAGUCCGAGCAAGAAGAAGUCACCGUCGCCACACCUGCUCCAGCACAACAACUUCCAGUGGACGAACCCCCGAUAGCACAACAACCGGAAGAAACACCAACAGCACAACCACACGCAACACAGCCGCCCGAUCUCACCAGCACCAUAACAAAUGGCGUCGCCAAAGCCACGCUCGAAGAUGCUGACGAAAACGAAAACGACGCCGCAGCGCGUUUCGAUGCCCUCGUGGCAGACCGUGACGCUCUCCGGCACGAAGUGACCGAACUCCGCAAAUCUCUCGAGUCCCUACAGUCCAAACAUGAAUCCGAGAUCGAGACGCUCCAAGAGAACCUGUCGGACGCACAAGCCGAGAAAGAGAGUGCUGAAGAACAAUAUCAGAACCUCCUAGGCAAAGUCAACACGAUCCGGUCACAACUAGGCGAGCGGCUGAAAGCAGAUGCAGAAGAUCUGUCCCAAGCGCGCACCCGCAUCGACGAACUCGAAGAACAAAAAGCCGAACUCCAACAACAAUACACAGCACGCGCGUCCGAGGUCGACGAACUCACGGCCCACAAUGCAGACCUUAACGCGAAAACAGCAGAACAAGCGAAAGAGCUCUCCAGUCUGCGCAACCGCCUCACACUCUCGCAGCAGAACUGGCUGAAAGAGAAAGAUGAGCUCAUCGAGCAAGAAGCGUACCUCCGUGAAGAAUUCGAGUCCGCCAAACAAGCCAUGCACGACUGGGAGGUGCUCGCCAUGGAAGAACGGACACUCCGCCGCGAUCUCAGCGAUCGAACAUCAGAUCUGGAAGAGCAACUGGCCACUCUACGCGAAGCUUAUGAAAAAGUCUCGGCCGACCGUGACGCGAACUCGCAAACGGUCGACGGCCUGCAAAAAGCGCUCCAGGAGAUCCAAACAGUGCGCAAACAAGAGCUCAAAGAACUCGUCGAAGCGAAUCAAGCAGAGCAGGACGCGCUGCGGAAACAAUUAGCAGAUUUACAAGCUACGCAUGAAUCCACGACCACCGAACUAGCCGAGACGAAACAGCAACUCGAACGCGCGUUGCCUUUCGAAAAGGAAGUUAAAGAGAAGAACCUCCUGAUUGGCAAACUAAGGCACGAGGCCGUCAUUCUAAAUGACCAUCUCACCAAGGCCUUACGAUUUUUGAAAAAGGGAAAGCCGGAGGAUAAUGUGGAUAGACAAAUCGUCACGAACCACUUUUUACAUUUCCUCGCGCUGGACCGGUCGGACCCCAAAAAGUUCCAGGUCUUGCAACUUAUUGCUGCCUUGUUAGGCUGGAACGACGAGCAGCGCGAGCAGGCUGGUCUGGCGAGGCCAGGGGGCGCAGGUUCCAUCUCUCUGACAGGAUCCCUACGCCUGCCUUCGUCGCCUAUCGUUCAUCGCACACCGAGUACGCCGGCGUUGCAUCACGACUAUUUCGGUGCGGAUAGUACGACAAGUCCAGCUAGCAGAGAGACGCUGGCUGAGUUGUGGCAGAACUUCCUCGAGCAGGAAGCAACUCAGACGAAGACGGGCAAGUCUAGACAAGCAAGUCAAAGCAUGAAUCCGCCGUCCGCUAGAUGAUAUAAUAUACCCCGAGACAACAAAGAUCAAUCUUGAGCCGCCAUAUUUGAGGUCGUGGUCAUCUGUAGCACUAUAUGCUCCUGUACGUUCUAAUACCUAGCAAUGCUUCCAAAACCU